AUGUCUUCAGUAAUAUCUAAAAUUCCAGAUAAAUUGGAACUUUCAGAAGAAAAGCUUGAAGAUGAAUUGGUUUCAGAUUCAUUGAAAUUGAAGACUCAUCUUUUGGUGACAUGUGAUGCAAUUCCUUUGGGUGUUCACAGAGUGAACAAUUAUCCCGCCCUCUAG